UGCCUUACAACCCCGGAGCACAUUGAAAUCAAGGCAUUGGAGGCAGGCGGGCCAGUUUUCAGACAUAUGGGGGUGGGGGAGAAGUACCUAGUAGCGUAUUUCUGGGAAGGGGAACGGGAGAAGCCGUUGGUCAUCUUAGCUAAAAUCCUCUCAUUGGGUUGCUGGUACUUUUUGGAAAAGAGGACCAGGCUCUUAAGCGGAACUGAAAGCCGCAGUGCCUUGUUGUAGGGGGGGAAGUCUAUUAGCAGCCCUCCUGGCGCUGUAGGCUACAGCGAGGAACGUGGGGGGCAGAGGCCUCGUCGAUCGCUGGAGUAUUGGUUGCUAAGGAAAUUGAGGUAAUGUGAAUAACGUUGGACAUUUAUCCUCCGCGUCUCACCUAAAGGACUACUGGUCUGGACCGUUCAAAGAGCAACCAUAACAGCAAACGCGCCUUUAAAAGUAAUGGGAGAUGUAGAAGAACAAAAGAGUGUGCCAAAAUUCCUCUUAAGGAGAAAAAGCGCUCUCUCUCUGUCACCCCUCCUUUUAUUCAUUGUGUGGCAUUUUUAAAGUGUUAAUGUAAUGCACACCGUUUCAACUAUGUGUGAGGUUGGCUUAUUUAUUUGUUUUAUACCCUGCCCUUCAAUCAAACUUAUCUACAACAUGUACCAGCUUUCAUAUUUAUGCAAGAUCUACAACCAUUUUCCUUUUCGCUGGUUAAUUAGAUCUAGCCCAAAUUGCUUAAAUAUAUGGGUAAAAAAUAUACACUGUUCAUUAACAAAUAAAUGUGAAGCUGAAGAAAAAUCAUUGCAUUUGCAUCGUGAUGAAAACGUGCACUUCAGAGUAGACAGUGAAGACUAUCAACAACUGCACAUACCAGUUAUGGUCAAGGAAGUUGUUAAUUUUUUAGCACCCCAAAAGGGACAGUGUAUUCUUGAUAUGACAUUUGGAGCAGGAGGCCAUACCAAGGCGCUUAUGCAAAAAGCAACUGAUAUUAAAAUAUAUGCUCUUGACAGAGAUCCUGCAGCCUAUAAACUAGCUCAGCAACUUUCUGAAUCUCACCCGCAACAAAUCCAAGCUCUUCUUGGACAGUUUAGUCAAGCAGAAGCCAUGUUAACCUUGGCUGGAGUGCAGCCAGGGAGUCUGGAUGGAGUUCUUUUGGAUGCUGGUUGCUCUUCCAUACAACUUGAUACUCCAGAAAGAGGUUUUUCCCUUAGAAAAGAUGGUCCUUUGGAUAUGAGGAUGGAUGGUGGCAGGUAUCCUGACAUGCCCACCGCUGCUGAUGUUGUGAAUGCUUUAGAUCAACAGGCACUUGCGUCCAUCCUGAGAACAUAUGGGGAGGAAAGGCACGCCAAGAAAAUAGCUUCGGCAGUUGUUCAGGCACGCAGCAUCUACCCCAUCACCAGAACUCAGCAGCUUGCCAGCAUUGUUGCAGGUGCUUUCCCAGAAUCAGCUUUGUAUGCUCGAAAAGAUUUGCUUCACAGACCAACACAUGUUGCUACCAAAACUUUCCAAGCCUUGCGAAUAUUUGUCAACAAUGAGCUGCAUGAACUCUUUGCAGGAUUAAAGACAGCAGAGAAGUUUUUAAAACCUGGAGGUCGACUUGUAGCACUUUCUUUCCAUUCGUUAGAAGAUCGUAUCGUCAAACGAUUUCUUCAUGGAAUAGAUAUUUCAGAAAAAUUCAACCUCAGUGUCAGGCAGAAGAUCAGGCAAGUGGGAAGGAAUUCUUCCAAGGAGGAGGAGGAGGAGGAGGAGGAGGAAUUGUCCAGGGGAACUGCUAAUUCAAGAUGGACAGCAAUACAAAAGAAAUUUCUUACUCCCCAAGCCAAGGAUAUUGAAGAUAACCCAAGAGGACGCUCAGCAAAGCUAAGGGGUGCUAUUAAGUUGUAAACAAUUUAUUUAAAAGCAGCAGGUUGGUGAAAUUAAAAAAAAAAUUAGUCACACAUCUUUGUUACUUUAUUUUUAAUUAAAUUAGAAGAUGAAAGCACCAUAUGAUAAACCAAUCCUUUAAACUUAAGGAUACAAUUACAAACAUUUUGUAUUGCUAUAGGAAAAAAUCCUUCAUGUAUGCAGAUUGAAGGACAAGAAUAAAUUCUGUAUAUAACUAACCAUAGUACAGUAAUAUUAAUAUCUAAAAUGCAAGUAUAUAUUUAAAACAUUCCUUCCUCCCCCACCCAUGAAUGCAAAUGCAGAACCACAUGCUAAAUAACAAUGAAAAUAAACCAAUCCAAUUUUGAGUUAAAGCAAAGGCCUCUUUCCCAUGCAAGAUGCGGGAUAUUCCUUGUAUCUAUCACUCCUUUUUACAAUCUCUGCAUAUAAGUGUCUUACGAAGGAAAAUUUGCACCACUUUUGGAUUUCACAAAGAUGUGUACUGUGCUGAACAUUAUUAUAAGAACCUGAAAGUACUGCUGAAUCCCCUCUUUGAAAUUUUGCUUGUGCAAAUCCUGUGCAAAGAUAUGACUUUGAAGAGAAGAUUUAAUGCAAUGAUCUGGUUCAGACAAAAUGCAAAGCCAAACUUCUUUUUUUUAGUAAUGGUUUAUUGAAUAAGGCAAGAUCUUGCUCACUAAUGUUCAAACAUGCUGUUGUUUGUUUUGCCUAAUGCUGGUUUGUUGUUCCACAACCAAUAAGUAAGACAUUUGUGUUGCCUGAGUUGGCAAAGCAUCACCACGUCAUCAGUUCUCUUACUGUUGGCCAACUGCAGAAAUGGUGCAGAGAACACAAACAUUCUCCUCAAGAUCUUUGGCUGCUCUUGGUAUUCCCUGAGCAAAAACCAGACCUGAAGCAUCCCUGACUUUCACCAUCUCUAGAUGUUCCUCUGGAAGUUUUCAUACCCAUCUUUUUUUAAACCCUUUUCUCCCAACCAAAAAUCUGCAUCUACUCUUUCAAUAAACACAUACUGUAUUAUUAUUUUUUUGCUACUAAGCUUUGUUGGUAAGCAGAAGAGCAAUAAUUUGUAUCUUCAGGAUAUGAAAAGUAGUGGCUGAAACGUUGUGGAAAUAGAUUUUAGUAGAUAGUGAGUAGAAGCAUUUGGGGGAGUUUUUUAGUUCAAAUUGUGCAAUUACAUCUAUUGAAUUGUUGGUAUAGCUUGCUAAGAGCACAGGUGUGCUUUUAACAUACAGUCCUUUUUAGAAACGGGUGAAAGUGCCAAUGGUCCCUUGAACUUUUCCCCCCGUUCAAGACCUCUGUAGACAUAGGCAACUGGGAAAAGGUUUCUGUGUAGCCACAACGGCAGUGGGGGAAGAAUGAUGCAAACUGUUAGGAUUAAACCAGAAUACUGAGUUCAGCUGUAACAACAAAACACUAAUCAUAGAAACUGUGGCGUAUGAUCCUGGUUUGUUCGACCUAAAUAGAUCUUCUCACCCCUUACAUACUCAAUCCACAGAGGACCUCGUGCAGAUACUAUCUCAUCACAAUGCGGAGGGGGGGUCUUGAAUUUUGAAUCCUAAACUUCCAAUGUUCAGAAUUUGAGCUCUCACCUGUACAUGACAUUAUUUUGUAGGAGCAUUCUGAGUUUGUUCAGCAUUCCCUUGAUUGCUUUGUAUUCUUUCUGAAAAAGAGAAUAAUUUUUUUAUUUAAAAAAAGUUACCAUGUUAUCAGGACUUCCAUACAAUAUACGAACUGGGCCUUUAGUGUGAUAGCACCUACCCUUUGGAAUUCUUUCCUGAUACAUAUCAGGCAGGUGCAGUCUCUGUUGUGAUUUUGGUGCCUAUUGAAAACCUUUUCCAGCCAGCCUUCUAAGUGGAGAUUUUUAUCCUAGUCUCUGGGACUUGAAAUUGUUUUUAUAUGUUUUGAUUGUUAAUGCUUUUAUUGUUGCAUUGCUUUGGGAUGUUUUAUAAGAAAAAAAAUGGACUGCUUUCAAGUCAAUUCUGACUUAUGGCGACCGUAUGAAUAGGGUUUUCAUGGUAAGAGGUAUUGAGAGGUGGUUUACCAUUGCCUUCUUCUGAGGCUGAGAGGCAGUGACUGGCCCAAGGACACCCAGUGAGCUUCAUGGCUGUGUGGGGAUUCGAACCCUGGUCUCCCAGGUCAUAGUCCAAUAUUCUAACCACUAUUCCACACUGACUCUCAAUUUUUUUAUAAA